AUGGUUACUGCGAACCUAUUGCCAUUAAUGGACUCAGACAAGGGUCCUACUGUGUCCAUAACUACAACAUCAAAGGGUUUGCAAGGCGUUAGGUACCCAAUAAGUAGUAAAAAUAAUCCUAAUCUUUUCGCCCUUUUUCUACUACCCCAAAAUGCAUGGCCUCAAUUGGCAUGCAGAAAAAGUGGGUACUUGCAGCCCAACUUUAAGUAUGGCGCCGUGCCUAAAGUGGUGGUGGGUGUAAUAAUUGGUUAUUUCCUUGGAAAAUUUAGUUACCAACAAAAGUGCGCAGAAAAACUAAUGCGAUUGCCCAAUUCAAGGCUAGGAGAAUUAUUAAAGCAGAGAAGAAAGGAUGGCGGCGUAAUGGGUAGGCUUAAUCCCGAUCAAGGGAUGGGAAUCGGGCUGGGCUUGAAUCCGUUUAAUUCAACAUUGUCAAGCACAAACGAAGAUCUUGGCCGAGAACUCCCUCGUAGCAGCGCUCUUAAUUUAGAUGUAGAAACUCGCCCUUCUAUUGCGGGGCUUGAUGAUAUUUAUCGGCCUACAUUAGAUAAUCCAUCUCCAUUCUACGAAACCGAUGUACCAAUCGACCAAGCAAAACACGGAUUGAGUUACGAGGAGCUACGGAAGAAAAAUCGCGAGGAGUAUGAGAAAAAACAGCAAAAUCCAUAUUCUCGCCCUUUGUCAGCAAAUGCACCAGUGGUUAUAAGAGAGAAUGAAGCAUUGAAAGCACCUUUUGGCUCCGAUUCCAAUACAUCAACCUCAACCCGGGGUCACAAAAAUAAAUAUGGCGACACGUGGACUGAUUAGUUUAAAAAUUCUGUUCAGUACAUUUUUAUUGCACGUUAAAAAUUGUUAUCAAAGUGUUAAUGCUGAUAUAUAUACUGCAUAAUUGUUAUCCCUGUGAUGUAAGUGGAAUUAAUUCGAAAUUUCAAUCUAAUUUCCCAACUUCGUGCAGGUAAGCUCCAAGAAG